AUGAGUGAUAGAUAUAAGCCUCCAAGGAAACAACUUCCCAAAAGAUCUCUGUUACCUGAGCCAUCUGGAGAUAGUUCAACAGAUGAUGAAUCAAACAAAGGUGAGAGAAAAGCCCCCUAUAAAGCUCUUCUCAUAAGAGCUCGGUCAUAUGCAACAAGAGACAAUGAAGAAAACAAAGUUGCGAGAGAAGUCCCCUUACAAGGUCCUUUCAUGAGACCUUCGGUACCUGAACUAUCUAGUGAUGAUGAUGAUUCAGCAGACAGUGACUCCGCAAGUUCGGACAGUGAGUACUCAACAAGUUCAGAAGAGUUAGAGGUGACUUCAAAUAACAGCAGUGAUGAGGAAACCGAGAAUGAUCCAGUCAGUGAGUACUCAACAAGUUCAGAAGAGUUAGAAGUGACUCAAAGUAAAAAAAAUGAUGCCGAAAACGAGCCGCCGAACAAGAAGAGAAGACUGCAUAGGAAGAGCUUUACCCCACGAAGGAUUAUUCCCCCAGAGGCUGAACUUAACCAGACUGAUACAAAGCCGUCCUCCAGUGGGGGAUCAAAAAAGGCCAGUUCUGAUUAA